GAACGAAACUGCGGAUUAAACUGGCAAAGAUUGAUUGAUUCUACUAGCGAAAGCUGUGAAUAUAAAACCCAUUUUUAUUGUACAAUUCAAACAUUGUGCAGUUUUAAACAUGUAUCGUUUCAAAAUUUCAAGAGAAAGAAGAAUCAUUUGUCUCCAAGCGCAUUAAUACAGUUCUUCAAAUGCAAGAUGUAACGAGUGCGCAUUAUUUGAACAAGUCUCAGCAUUAAUAUGAUUUAAACCACAAAUUGUUUAGCAUCGACGUCGGGCGUUCAUGAAGUUGAUUGCUUUAUAAUUAUAUAUCAGCAUAGAUUAUUUCCAGUUUCAAUCCUGGAGUCAAAUUAAAUUAGAUGAGAAUAAUAAAAAAUAAAAAUUCUCAUGGUGUUUUCUGCCAUACCUUUUCUCUAUGCAUCUUGACGUGACGUUUCCACUGACAGCGCAUACAAACACAACACAACAAAAGACGCCUUCUUUGACGGAGGGAUUUUACAAGUGGAAUAUUUAGUAAACAAACUGGCUAGUAUUGCUACAGUAAUUGCUAAUUUUACGCCGUUUUAAGCUAUCUUAACCGCACAACGAUGGACGAUGAGGUGGUUUGGAAUACAAUGGAAUCACUCACCUGUUGCCGUAUCUGCGUGAUAGAAAUGGAAGAAUACUACCCUCUGCACGAAUCGCUCGAUGGAGAUGGUUCCAAGAGCUUGCAGAUCGUGCUGGAGAAGCUAUUCCCGUCGAUGUUUAAUGAAGCACAGCUACAGCACGAUUACAGUGCGAACUGGCCUACGGCAAUCUGUUUAGAAUGCAAGCAAAAAGUGCAGGAUGCGUACGAGCUGUACGAAACAUGCCUCGACAGUGGCGCUAGGCUGCAAAAGAAGGGAUUUACCAAAGAAAAGAUUGACGAAGACGUCCCAGUCCUCGUUACGGAGGAUGCUGUUAUUGACGUACCGACGGAGGAGUUCUUUGAAUGUGAUGUUGUACAAGAAAUUACCAUGGAACCACUAGAACCCUUCACCGCACCCCAAAGUUCAGUGAAACAACGCAAAAGUGAGGUGAACGAAAUAACGACCGCCACGAAAUCAUCAUCGAAACGCACAAACAUAAAAAAAGAAACGUUUGAACAGCAAGUGGAAGAGCUGGUCGUCGAAAAUGAGACGGAAUAUCUUGAAGACAAGAACACAGAACCGGACUGGGAGCCAACCGUGUCGAGAGGCAGAAAGGCUAAUACCACCAAAGCAAAGGCAGCAAAAGUUACCCGUGAACGGAAAAAGGUGGAUAAGGAAGUGUUAAUGAAAAAGGAAGAUAAGGAAGAGGCUGAACCACUGGAAUCCAAAACUGAAGUAUAUCGCUGUCAACUGUGCGAUGGACCGACGUACGAUUCGCCCAACGAGUUGACCGAGCAUCUUAAAGCGGAACACCCAUCGCAGUUACGAUCCUGUGACAAAUGUCCGAAGGUGUUCGUCAGUGAGCAAAGCUUCCAGCAUCAUCAGUAUUGCCACGCUACGGGCCGUUCGUUCUUCUGCACGUUUUGUGAUAAGGGCUUCCAGACGGAAAUUCUGCUAAAGAAUCACAUUCGCUCUCAUACGAGGGAUCCGAAAUUUCUAUGCUCAAUCUGUGGGAAGGGUUUCACAACCAAGAGCAAUCUUCAGAAACAUGUGACAUUUCACACCGAUAGUAAAUCAUGGCCCUGCCGUCUAUGUCCCUGCCGGUUUAACACGAAAGCUUGCCUAAAUGUUCACAUGCGCACCCACACGAAAACUAAAGUUUAUACCUGCCCGACCUGUGGAUCGCAGUUCAACAAGCACUAUUCGAUGGUCAAGCAUCAGAUCAUUCACACAGGUGAGCGUCCAUUUGUAUGCGACCUUUGUCCCAUGAGGUUUGUUUCCCCCUAUCACGUAAAGCGCCACAUGUUAACACACACCGGUGAAAAGCCUUACAAAUGCACCUACUGCGAGCGCGGCUUUGCACAAAGCAACGUUCUGGUGAAGCACAUGAAAACGCACAUCGGUGAUCAUCCGUACCAGUGUGACCGGUGCGAUGCAUCGUUCCGGCUGCUGAAGGACCUGCGAAACCACUACAAAGAACACUAUGUCGAAAGUGAAAAUGGGAUCGGUCCUUCGCCGGUGGUGGACGAUCAGGACAUUCGGUUUACCAGCAUCCAAAUACUGAAGCUACGAUACCAAAAGGAGAUGAACCAGUACGGCCAGAAGGCUGAGGAGAGUGAUGACAAUUAAUCGUUUUUGUAUGGUCGCUUUGAUGAGAUGUGCGUGGAACAAAACAAAAAAUUAACAUCUUUAAUUGAUAAGCAUUUGUCAGGUCAUAUAUUUCCGUUGCUGGAAUAUUGUUUAUAAAGAUACUUAUAGUACAAUAAAUAUAAAUAUAAAAGGAACAUUUUAAACUUUA